CCAGUGACCAAUGACGUGUUCUGUUCCACCUUUUCGAAAACUGUUUUUUCGUAAAUUAAAUACUUAAGUCAUAACUAUAAUACAGUUUACUUUAGUUAAGUAUUAAAAUAUUUUACAUAGUUGGCCCGUCAACGUGUCGUUACUAAUAAAGUAUGACCACGUAUGAAGAAUACAUUGAGCAAAAUGAAGAGCGUGAUGGAAUCCGCUUGUCCUGGAACGUAUGGCCUGCGAGUAGGCUGGAGGCCACUCGCUUGGUCGUACCAGUGGGUUGUCUCUAUCAGCCAUUAAAAGAAAGACCAGACUUGCCUCCAAUACAAUAUGACCCUGUGCUAUGUACACGCAACACAUGUAGAGCGAUAUUAAAUCCUCUGUGCCAAGUUGAUUACAGGGGCAAGAUGUGGAUUUGUAAUUUCUGUUUUCAGUGCAAUUCUUUUCCACCUCAAUAUGGAGCGAUUUCAGAACAACAUCAACCAGCUGAACUUAUUCCAGCCUUCUCUACUAUUGAAUAUACUAUUACGAGGAUUAAAACUAUGCCGCCAAUAUUUUUGUUUGUCGUCGACACGUGUAUGGAUGAUGAAGAAUUAGGUGCACUUAAAGAUUCCUUGCAGAUGUCACUUAGUUUAUUACCUCCAAAUGCACUUGUUGGAUUGAUAACUUUUGGAAAUAAUGUUCAGGUUCACGAAUUACGUGGAGAUGGUAUUUCCAAAUCAUUUGUAUUCAGAGGUACCAAAGAUUUACCGCCCAAACAAAUCCAAGAUAUAUUAGGAAUUGGAAAAUAUGCUACUCCAGUAGCUCAACCUGGAAUGACCCCACAACAACAACAACAACAACAACAGCAGAUGAAUGCUCCUGCCAAUAGAUUUAUACAACCUGUUCAAAACUGUGAUGUUAAUAUGUCAGAUUUAUUGAGUGAACUGUUAAAAGAUCCAUGGCCUGUUGCUCAAGGCAUGCGACCAUUGAGAAGCACUGGAAUGGCAUUAUCCAUAGCUGUUAGUCUAUUAGAGUCUUCAUACCCUCAUGUUGGUGCUCGAAUUAUGUUGUUUGUUGGUGGAGCUUGUACUCAAGGUCCUGGUCAUGUAGUAAAUGAAAAACUUUCCGAUACAAUUCGUUCUCAUGAUCAAAUCAUGAAAGAUAAUGCUCCGUACAUGAAAAAAGCUACCAAGCAUUACGAUAGUAUUGGAGUACGUGCGGCUACCAAUGGGCAUACAAUUGAUAUAUACUCAUGUGCAUUGGAUCAAACUGGGUUGAUGGAAAUGAAACAAUGCUGUAAUUCUACUGGUGGCCACAUGGUAAUGGGUGAUUCAUUCAAUUCGUCUCUGUUUAAACAGACAUUUCAACGAGUAAUGGCACGAGAUCAUGAAAACAAUUUGAAAAUGGCAUUUAAUGCUAACAUAGAAGUGAAAACUUCUAGAGAAUUAAAAAUAAUGGGAGCUAUUGGUCCAUGUGUCUCACUGAAUAUAAAGAACUCGUGUGUAUCAGACUGCGAUUUAGGAUUGGGCGGUACAUGCCAAUGGAAAAUGUGCAGUUUAAUGCCUAACACGACAUGUGCAUUUUUCUUUGAAAUUGUUAACCAACAUGGAUCUCCUAUACCACAAGGAGGACGAGGCUGUAUUCAAUUUAUUACGCAAUACCAACAUUCCAGUGGACAGAAAAGGAUUCGAGUCACAACUCUGGCUAGAAAUUGGGCAGAUCCUGUGCAAAAUAUGAUGCACGUUAGUGCUGGAUUUGAUCAAGAAGCAUCUGCCGUUUUAAUGUCUCGAAUGGUAGUGAACCGUGCAGAAACCGAAGACAGCCCUGAUGUUAUGCGUUGGGCUGAUCGAACACUCAUACGUUUGUGUCAGAAAUUUGGAGAGUACCAAAAAGAUGAUCCUAAUAGCUUCCGAUUACCAGAAAAUUUCAGUUUAUACCCUCAAUUUAUGUACCAUUUGCGGCGUUCACAAUUUUUACAAGUUUUUAAUAACAGCCCAGAUGAAACAUCAUAUUAUAGACAUAUGCUGAUGCGCGAAGAUGUUACACAGAGUUUAAUUAUGAUACAGCCAAUUCUGUAUAGUUAUAGUUUUAAUGGUAGACCUGAACCAGUACUUUUAGAUACAAGCAGUAUUCAACCAGACAAAAUAUUAUUAAUGGAUACAUUUUUCCAUAUUUUGAUAUUCCACGGAGAGACAAUCGCCCAAUGGAGAGCAAUGGAUUAUCAAAACAGACCAGAAUACAGCAAUUUUAAACAACUACUCCAAGCUCCUGUCGAUGAUGCUCAAGAAAUAUUAAAAACAAGAUUCCCAAUGCCUCGUUAUAUUGACACAGAACAAGGCGGAAGUCAGGCGAGAUUUUUGCUAUGUAAAGUUAAUCCAUCUCAAACCCACAAUAAUAUGUAUGCCUAUGGAGGUGAUGUUGGGGCACCAGUUUUGACAGACGAUGUAAGCUUACAACUAUUUAUGGAACACUUGAAGAAGUUAGCUGUGUCUUCAAAUGCAUAGAAAGCAUUUUAAAAUCUGAUUAAUGUUGUUAUUAAAGAUAUUUUAUUAUUUAUAAAUUCAAUUCCUCAGUUGGGUAAUUGUACAAAAUGUUUUAUACUUGUUUGUAUUUUAAAUAAUUAUCUAUGAAAUAUAGGAGUCAAUGCCAUUA